UUUCUGUCCAACAAGUGUACAUGAUCUACGAUAAAUUAAGAUUUUUCUUAGUGAACAAGUUUUAAAUCUGGAGUCAAGUUUAUUGUUGAGAGAUUAAAAUUGAAAGUCACAUCCAUAUGGAGAACUCAAAUGAAGUCAAGGGAGAUAAAAAUAAAGAGAGUAAAGAUGAGAGCAGUAGUGCUACUGACAGGAGACAAGGAGAUGAUAUGGAGGAAAUCAAAUUUCCAAAACCACCAAGGAAGAGAAAACCUCAGAGCUACAUGUGUGAGGAGUGUGGGAAAAUCUUCAACAGAGCUGAUUUAUUGCGCAAUCAUAAGCGUGUUCACUCUGGGGACAAGCCAUUUACCUGUGAAGUUUGCGGGGACAAAUUCAGAGAGCAGGGGCAUCUGAGACGUCACAUGACCAGACAUACAGGUAAGAAGCCUUAUCAGUGUUACAUUUGUGGGAAGGAGCUCAACAGUAGCCUGGCCAAACAUCUCCGACGGCAUCUCAACGAUCGGCAGUUCUCAUGUGUUCUCUGUGACAAGAAAUUUGUAUCAGGCUUUGAACUCAAACAACACAUACUGACGCAUAAAAAGGGCACAUUCCAGGAAAAUUCAAAUAGAGGAACUCCAAGUUUAGACAAGAGAGAACCCAAAUUACCUAAGCAGAUCCCAGACUUCCCUUCCGUGCAAGGAGGUUCCUCGGAGAUCAGUCACAGGGCACAUACAGAUACUACUGAAGCAGAAAUUGCAUCAUUUCAGAAAUUUGCUGAGGAAACACAGAUGGCUCUGUACAGAAGACUGGCUGUAGCUCAGGGAGACCAGUCAAUAGUGAACCAGUUUAGCGAUCAGUCAGAUCCUUCCCUUAUGAACUGGGAUUAUUUGUCCUAUGCUGCUGGAAUGGGGCUGACACCAGCAGUUCCCAAUCAGCAACAGUUUAAAAGCAAAUCCUCUGGGAGAAAAAGACUGUCUGACUUAUCAUGGGAUGUUUCACAAAGCACCCAGGGAGUGCAGCAGUGUACCAUCUCCAAACCAGUUGAGCAAGCAGCAUCUAUGAUGGGGACAAAAAAGGACAUGGUGACAGAUGAAGAAUCACUGAAUUUACAGGAUACUUUGAUAAACCAAGGCACACAGAAUCUACAGGGUGCUGUCCUGAGUGAGUCUAGUAAGAAUAUGGAAACGAAGUCAAAUACAGAAAGUGAAUCUUAUGAACAAAGUAUUCCAGACAAUAUUCAGGACCAGAAUCACAAAGAGCAAACAGAGAUCCCUGAUGCUCCUUCCAUUAUUCAAACUCCAGAUCCAAGUCCAGUGAAAUCCAUAGCAGGGAGUCCUAGUGCUUCUUGUAGCAGUCAGACUCCAGAUCAAAGCCCACUCAAAGCCAUAGUGACAGAAACAGAGCUAAAUUCAGAUUCAUUUACAAAGGUACAACAUUUAACAAUCAGUGUUAAGGAAGAACCCCCUGAUGUUGAUGUGGAAGAUACUGCACCAACAGAUCAUUUAUCAGACGAUGAUCCUGUUGAAGACUUCCCCCACAAUGAGGACUCUGGAUCUACAACUGAUGAAUACGAAGCUGAGGCUUAUUUUCAAAAACUGGAGGACUCAAGUAUAACUGAGAAGGACAAAAGUGACUCAGACUGGACACCAGAACCUCCAAAGAAAUCCCUGAAAAUCAAAAUAAAGACACCUAAAAAAGCACCGAAGAGAAAGGCUACAAAGAAAAGCAGUGAGAAGGAAGCCCCUAAAAAGAAGGCAAGAAAAAAGAAGCAGAAAGAUGAAGAAGAGCUCCCAACCACAGUGUGUACAGAUUCGGACACAUUGUUUGUAAUUCCCCCAAAUGAGGAGUCUCCUGGAAAUAAAAAGAAGAGAACAGCUAAGAAGGACAGCGUUUUUGUGUGUGAUGAGUGUGGUAAGAUAUUUUUCCGUAAUGAUCUCUUGAGAAACCACAUGAGGGUACACACUGGGGACAAGCCUUUCACAUGUGAAGUCUGUGGGGAGAGCUUCAGGGAGUCUGGGCAUCUACGACGUCACAUGACCAGACAUACAGGCAAAAAGCCUUAUAAAUGUGAACUCUGUGGAAAAGAGCUGAAUAGCAGUCUGGCUAAACAUAUGAAACGACACAUGAAUGAUCGCCAGUUCCCCUGCACCAUGUGUGACAAGAAAUUUGUCUCUGGAUUUGAACUGAAACAUCAUAUGAUCAUACAUAACACUUCUGACCACAUUCCUUGCCACAUCUGUGGCAGAAAAUUUAGCCACACUAACAUUCUACAGCGGCACAUGUUGACCCACAGUGAGAAUCGACCAUUUCCCUGUCCUGACUGUGAUAAGAGUUACAAAUGUAAACAAGAUCUGGACAGACACAGGUCAAUUCACAAGGAAGUCUUUACAGCUACUUGUCACAUCUGUGGGAAGCAGUUCUGCCAGGAUCGCUAUCUAUAUAGACAUCUUAAACGCCACCAACAGUUAAAGGAAGAAGGAAUAGACGAAACAGAACGACCAACUAAGAUGAAGCCAUUUUCUUGUGAAGUCUGUCAUCAGAGAUUUACCACUGCUCCAAAUCUGAAGCAACACAUGCAUCUUCACUUCUCUACUGAGAAAUUUGCUUGUUAUUUAUGCAGCAAAAUGUUUACCCAGAAGCGAUACCUUCAGCGUCACAUUAGGAGACAUAAGGAGAACCGCUUUGGCAAGGGUUCAACAGGGAAUAUGGAUGACACCGAUCUCCUUAUGGGACAUAUGGUGGCUACCUUCAAUGAGGAAAAUGGUAAACGCAGUAGAGAUCAGUUAAUGAGUUCCUCAGUGUACAAGGAACCAGACCUGGACCGUAACUUAGAGGAGGGUGAAGUAAAGAACCAGAGUGGCCUCCCUGAAGAAAGCCGGCCUAGCGGUCAGACUUAUUCACAAACUCAGGCCAUUUCCUCCUCAAAGCCUGUCUUUCCAUCCAUUGACUCGGAUUUUGCUGCCUAUGAUAAUGAAGAUGAGGAGUUAGAUGGUUCUGAGGAGGAAGAUGAGGAGGGGGAGGAAGAAGACUACAUUCCUCCCAAUUAUUUAAAUGUGCAGUCAUCACAUUUAGCAGUUACUCAACCCCACAGUGAUGUUUUGUAAAAAGUAAACUAGAUUUUGAUUUUUGAAAGAGAGAAAAAAAAACCCAGUUCAAUCUUCUCUGCAACUUUUUAUGGUUUAUUGAACAUAAAUGUUUUUGCAUAUAUAGAUACUUUUUUAUAGUGAUAUACAGUGUAUAAUUAGAAAAUU